AUGGCCAUCUCCAAGAAGGCAGGCGCCAAGAAGGCCGGUGCGGCCUCCAACCCUCCGCCCGCCAAGUCCAGGGCUGGUGUCGCGAAAGCAGAUUGGAGAGAAGGCUUCAAGAAGGCACAGGCUGGUGUCUCGGAUAUGACGUUGCUGUCCAAGCUCACCAACGAAGCCAUCAACGAAAACCUCGAGAAACGAUUCAAGAAUGCAGAGAUCUACACCUACAUCGGCAACGUGCUCAUCUCGGUCAAUCCUUUCCGCGAUCUUGGCAUCUACACCGAAGACAUCCUGCAAUCCUAUCGAGGCAAGAACCGCUUGGAAAUGUCCCCGCACGUCUUUGCUAUCGCCGAAGGCGCUUACUACAACAUGAACGCUUACAAGGAGAACCAGUGUGUUAUCAUCUCGGGCGAAUCCGGAGCCGGCAAGACUGAAGCGGCAAAGCGUAUCAUGCAGUACAUUGCUGCCGUCUCUAGUACUUCCAACAGUGGUUCCAAGAGUGGUAUUCAAGAUGUCAAGGACAUGGUGCUCGCCACCAACCCUCUCCUCGAAAGUUUCGGCUGUGCCAAGACGCUUCGUAACAACAACUCCUCUCGUCACGGCAAAUACCUGGAAAUCAUGUUCAACGCACAAGGCGAACCCAUCGGUGCCAACAUCACCAACUACCUUCUUGAAAAGAACCGUGUCGUUCAACAGAUCCGCGAGGAGCGCAACUUCCACAUCUUUUACCAGUUCACCAAAGCCGCUUCCGCAGGCCAUCGUGACCAGUACGGCAUUCAGGGCCCCGAGGCGUAUGCCUACACUGCCAACAGCCAGUGUCUCGAUGUCAACGGUAUCGAUGACCACGCCGACUACGCAGAGACCAUCAACGCGAUGAACACCAUUGGUCUCUCAGCCGACGAGCAGGACAACAUCUUUCGUAUGAUCGCAGCCAUCCUGUGGAUUGGAAAUGUGCAGUACCUCGAGAACCAAGAGGGCAAUGCCGAGAUCUCGGAUGCUGCCGUCCCCGACUUUGUCGCUUACCUCCUCCAGGUCGAUGCAGGCAACGUCACCAAAGCUUUGACUCAGCGCAUCAUGGAGACUCGCCGUGGUGGCAGAAGAGGUUCCGUCUACGAGGUCCCACUGAACCCGACUCAAGCUGCUGCUGCACGAGAUGCGCUCGCCAAAGCCAUCUACAACAACAUGUUCGACUGGAUCGUCGAGCGCAUCAACCAGUCCAUGAACCCUCGCUCCCAGAGUGCCAAUGUCAUUGGUGUCCUCGAUAUCUACGGUUUCGAGAUCUUUGACAACAACUCGUUCGAGCAGCUCUGCAUCAACUAUGUCAACGAAAAGCUUCAGCAGAUCUUCAUCCAGCUCACCCUCAAGAAGGAGCAGGAGGAGUACGCGUACGAGCAGAUCACAUGGACUCCCAUCAACUACUUUAACAACAAGAUCGUCUGCGACCUUAUCGAGGAGAAGCGGCCUCCUGGUAUCUUUUCUGCUCUCAACGAUGCUUGCGCCACUGCCCAUGCCGACCCUACUGCCGCUGACAACUCGUUCAUUCAGCGUACCGGUAUGCUCUCGUCCAACCCUCACUUUGACUCGCGAGGCACCAAGUUCUUGAUCAAGCACUACGCUGGUGAUGUGAUGUACAAUGUUGAGGGUAUGACCGACAAGAACAAGGACUCGCUCCUCAAAGACAUCUUGGAUCUCGUCGACUCGAGUGCCAACUUGUAUCUGCAGAAGCUCUUCCCUGACCGCCCUGACCCUGACAGCAAGAAGCGUCCUCCUACCGCCGGUGACCGUAUCAAGUCGAGUGCUAAUGCUUUGGUCGAGAAGCUUAUGAAGGCACAGCCAUCCUACAUCCGAACCAUCAAGCCCAACCAGAACAAGAGCCCUACCGAGUACGACAGGCAAGCGAUCCUUCAUCAGAUCAAGUAUUUGGGUCUGCAAGAGAACAUCCGCGUUCGUCGGGCUGGUUUCGCCUACCGAAACACGUUCGAGAAGAUGGUCGAGCGUUUCUACCUCUUGUCGCCCAACACUUCGUAUGCAGGAGAGUACACUUGGCAAGGCGAUGCUCGAUCUGGAUGUGAGCGCAUCCUCACCGACACCGGCAUCGCACGCGAGGAAUGGCAGAUGGGUGUCACCAAGGCAUUCAUCAAGAAUCCCGAAACCCUCUUCGCACUCGAGACCAUGCGCGAUCGCUAUUGGCACAACAUGGCUAUGCGUAUCCAGCGUGCCUACCGCAACUACCUCCGUUACAAGGAGGAAUGCGCUCGACGUAUCCAGCGCAUGUGGAGGAACAACAAGCAAGGUCUCCAAUACAUUCAGUUGCGAGAUUAUGGUCACCAGGUGCUUGCAGGUCGUAAGGAGCGUAGGCGUUUCAGUUUGCUUGGUUCGCGUCGUUUCAUGGGUGACUAUCUCGAUGUCGGUGGAGCCAGCGGCAAAGGCGGAGCAAGUGCCCAAGGUCAGAUGCUUCGACACGCUUCUGGCAUGGGCCCAGGCGAGAGUGUCGCAUUCAGCAGCCGUAUCCAGCUGCUUGUCUCGCGUCUCGGUCGUUCUUCCAUUCGCAGUCCACGCUUUUUGAUUCUGACCGACAAGGCAGUCUACAUUCUUGUCACUCAGCUGGUCAACAAGCAGGUGACGACUGUUUGCGAGCGACGCAUCAAUCUUGGUGCCAUCUCUGCUGUUGGUCUCUCGAGCCUCCGUGAUGAUUGGGCAGUGCUCAACGUCAACGGUGCAGAGGAAGCCGAUCCUGUCUUGCACUGUUACUUGAAGACGGAACUCGUCACCCAUCUCCUGCAGAGGACUAACGGCGCAGUGAAUGUUGUCAUCUCCAACUCUCUCGAAUAUUGCAAAAGGAAGGACAAGAAGGCGCACAUCACCUUCAAGAAGGAUGAGACGGUCAACAAGGACGAUCUAUACAAGAGUAGUACUGUCUCUGUCUGCACGGGUGAAGCUGCAAACAGUGUCUCGAAGCCUGCGCCCAAGAAGAAGCCCGGUUUGGUGCGACCGAUUACUUCAGGAAAGCUGUUGAGGGCUGGUGGGCCGUCGAAUGCGAACAACAAGCCUAAGCCCCGUGCUAUUCCUCGUCCAACGCCUACACCUGCGAAACUGCCGGUAAGUGGUGCAAGCGUUGCUCCUGCAGCAACAGUUGAGCAGCAAGUGCCGAAAUACAAAGCACUCUACCCAUUCGCAACCCAAAACCCCGGCGAAAUGGCGCUCGACAAAGACGACAUCGUCCAAGUAACGCAAAAAGACGAAUCUGGCUCUGGCUGGUGGCUCGUCAAGAAAAACAACAUCCAGGGUUGGGCUCCUUCCAACUAUCUCGAGCUCAUCCCACAAGCUUUGCCUAGUACUAGCAUUGCUCCCGUCAAACGUGCUCCUCCUCGGGCGCCUUGCGUUGCCACGUCUAGCACUGCAACUGCUACCAACCGGCCUAUUGUUGCGGCCAAACCUACCUUUGGUGGCGGUGGUGGAGCAGCAGGAGUUAGUGUUCAGCCUAAGCCGGCGGUAAACACGGUUGCGGUGGGUGGAAAGGCACAUGAAAAACCUAGAGCUGUAGCAGCGGAUGGCAGUGCUGCUCCCGUUGCUGUUAUGCCUGGUCUAGGUGCUCCAGGUGGAUUCGCCGCUGUCCUGGCUCGGAAGAAGGCGGAAAACGCAGCGGCGGCAAGUGCAAGUGCAAACGCAGCACCAACGCCGCCCCUUCGUACCGCCAAACCUGCAGUCGCACCAAAACCAACAGCACCGCCCGCAGCAAACGGCAAAGCGAACCCACCUCCUCCGCCACGAAGAUGA